AUGGAGGCUCAGAGACACACAUCCUCUCCAGAACUCAUCCUCUCAGGUAACACACAGCUUCACCUGCAGGUAACCACAGUGAUGAAGAUGCUGCUCAGUUCUUCCAUCUGCGCCAUGCUCCUCCUCCUCCUCGGUUUUCUGAACAGGCCCGCGGAGAGCCGGACGAUUCACAUGGACGGGUGCUCUGCCAACGUUCACCUCCAUGAACUACACCAGUACUUCUCUGAGAUAAAAUCAGAUGCGAUAUCAGCAGACGGCGAGAUUGGAGUAAAACUUCUGGAUGCAUCUCUGAUGAAGAAUGUUCAGGAGGGCCAGAUGUGCUGCUUUGUGCGUCUGCUGCUGCGUUUCUACGUCGAACGAGUCUUCGGCAACUACGAGUCCUCUCAACCAAGUCAGCAGCGCUGCUCCAGCGCCUUGGCAAACGCUUUUGUCAGCAUCAGGAGGGAAAUGCAUAAAUGUCACUGCCACUGUGGAGAAGAAACCCAGAGAACAAUUGACUCAGUGCUCGCCAGCUUUGACAAGCUGCAGAUCCAGCAGGCGGCACAGAAGGCUGUAGGGGAACUGGGCACAGUGCUGGACUGGCUGGAGGGACUGGGAUCUAUAUCAUGA